AUGGCUGUGGGAACGGCCUCAUUGCAGGACCGCCUGGAGACAUGGGCACAAAGGUUGAACAACUUGACCGUCUCGCCAUUGACUCGUGACUAUCCCGAUACACAGAAGCCCGAUAGUAAGAGAGCUAUCGAGGCAUUUGAGUCUCUCCGGCUCCCCAAGGAGACUCAAUUGCAACUUCAGAAGUUGUCCGGAUCAUCAUCCGGUUUCACUAUUUUUCUGACUGCCUUUGUUAUUCUGGUGGCCCGUUUGACAGGUGAUGAAGACAUCGCUGUGGGGACGAGCUCGGAGGAGGAUGGUCGUCCAUUCGUCAUCCGUAUCCCGAUUGAUGCCUCGGAGACCUUUGUCCAGCUCUACGCAAAAGUAGACAAGGCAUUCAAGGAAGGUAGCUCCCAAAUCGUGCCUCUGGGCAGCCUUCGCACUUACAUGCAGGAGAAGUCCAACUCAGAACGCACUCCCAUCCUUUUCCGAUUUGCCGCAUACGAUGCACCUGCCGCCUCUCAGGAUUACCCUGCGAAUACCUUUGAGACUACGGAUUUGGUAGUCAAUGUUGCACCGGGCAACCUAUCUGAUGGUUCGGCCUCGGAGGUCGAGCUGGGUGCAUACUACAACCAGCGUCUCUUCUCAAGUGCACGCAUUGCUUUCAUUCUCAAACAGUUGGCAGGUAUUGCCAGCAAUGCUGCUGCCAACCCAGAGGAGGCUAUCGGACGCAUUGACUUGAUGACCGAGGACCAGCGUGCGCUUUUGCCUGACCCUACCUCCAACUUGAACUGGUCCAAGUUCCGUGGUGCCAUCCACGACAUCUUCUCCGCCAAUGCGGAAAAGCACCCCGAGAAGCUGUGUGUGGUUGAAACCCAGUCGACCAACUCUCCUCACCGCGAGUUUACCUACCGCCAGAUCAAUGAGGCCUCUAACAUUCUUGGUCACCAUCUGGUGCAAUCUGGUAUUGAAAGGGGCGAAGUUGUUAUGGUCUAUGCUUACCGCGGUGUUGACCUGGUGGUUGCUGUUAUGGGUAUCUUGAAGGCCGGUGCGACAUUCUCCGUCAUCGACCCUGCCUACCCACCAGAGCGACAGAACAUCUACCUCGACGUUGCCCGUCCUCGCGCUUUGGUGAACAUUGCCAAGGCUACCAUUGAUGCAGGCGAGCUAUCGGACAUUGUCCGUACUUUCAUCAACGAGAACUUGGAACUCCGCACUGAGGUUCCUGCUCUUGCCCUGCUCGAUGAUGGAACCCUCUCCGGUGGAUCCGUCAAUGGCCAGGAUGUCUUCGCUAAUGAAGUCGCCCUAAAGUCCAAGCCAGUUGGUGUCGUUGUUGGCCCCGACUCUACCCCGACUCUGUCCUUCACCUCCGGCUCAGAAGGCCGGCCCAAGGGUGUUCGUGGCCGUCACUUUUCCCUGGCCUACUACUUCCCUUGGAUGUCCGAGACUUUCAAGCUCACCCCUGAUGAGAAGUUUACGAUGCUCAGUGGUAUUGCUCACGAUCCCAUCCAAAGAGAUAUCUUCACCCCGCUGUUCUUGGGUGCUCAGCUCUUGGUGCCCGCUCGUGAGGACAUCCAGAACGAGAAGCUCGCCGAGUGGAUGCAGAAGUAUGGUGCUACUAUCACCCACCUUACCCCUGCUAUGGGUCAGAUCCUCGUCGGUGGUGCCUCUGCUCAAUUCCCAGCUCUUCACCACGCAUUCUUCGUUGGUGAUAUUCUGAUCAAGCGUGACUGCCGCUCGCUCCAGGGACUAGCGCCCAACGUGAACAUUGUUAACAUGUACGGAACGACUGAGACCCAGCGUGCCGUCAGUUACUUUGAAAUCCCCAGCUACUCCAGCCACGAAGGUUACUUGGACACCAUGAAGGAUGUGAUUCCUGCUGGUCGCGGAAUGUUGGACGUUCAGAUGCUUGUUGUCAACCGCUUUGAUCCCAGCCGUAUCUGUGCUGUUGGCGAAGUAGGUGAGAUCUACGUUCGUGCUGCGGGUCUUGCCGAGGGCUACCUUGGCUCCGCGGAUCUGAAUGCCAAGAAGUUCCUUACCAACUGGUUUGUCAAGCCCGAGGUGUGGACUGAACAGGACAAGGUCGAGUCUAAGAACGAGCCAUGGCGCGAGUUCUACGUCGGUCCUCGGGAUCGUCUGUACCGCAGUGGUGAUCUGGGCCGUUACACUCCCUCUGGUGACGUUGAGUGCUCUGGUCGCGCUGACGACCAGGUCAAGAUUCGCGGUUUCCGUAUUGAGCUUGGAGAGAUUGACACUCAUCUUUCUCGCCACCCUCUGGUCCGUGAGAACGUUACCCUGGUACGAAGAGAUAAGUUUGAGGAGCCUACUCUGGUCAGCUACUUUGUGCCUGAUAUGAGCAAGUGGGCUUCUUGGCUCGAGAGCAAGGGUCUCCAAGAUGACGACUCUGCUGAGGGUAUGGUCGGCAUGUUGCGCCGCUUCCGUCCUCUUCGUGAUGAUGCUCGUGAGCACCUCCGCAGCAAGCUCCCCACAUACGCUGUGCCCACCGUCAUCAUUCCUCUCAAGCGUAUGCCUCUGAACCCUAAUGGCAAGAUUGAUAAGCCCGCACUUCCCUUCCCUGACACCGCUGAGCUGAGCGCUGCUGCGCCCCGCCGCCGCUCCUCUGCCAUGCAGGCCCUUUCUGAGACCGAGCUGGCUCUGGCUCAGAUCUGGGCCAAGCUCAUCCCCAAUGUAACUGCUCGCAUGAUCGGAGCGGAUGACUCCUUCUUCGAUAUUGGCGGUCACAGCAUUGUUGCCCAGCAAAUGUUUUUCGAUCUUCGUCGCAAGUGGCGUGGAAUUGAUAUCAGCAUGAACGCCAUCUUCCGCAGCCCAACCCUCAAGGGCUUUGCCGGUGAGAUCGAUCGCUUGCUGGCCCUUGAGUCAUUCGCUACCAGCGAUGACAAGACUCUUGCCGGAGCCGUGCAGGCCGCCAACGAGCCUGAUGAUGAGUACUCCAAGGACGCACGCCAGCUCGUGAACGAGCUGCCUAAGUCUUUCCCUGUCCGCACCGAGCCCAUGCUUGCCACUGAGCCCACAGUGUUCCUCACUGGAGCUACUGGUUUCCUAGGUGCCCACAUCCUCCGUGACCUUCUUACCCGUAAGGAGCCUUCCACCAAGGUCAUUGCCCUCGUUCGUGCCAAGACUGAGGAGCAGGCUCUCGAGCGUCUUCGCUCGACUUGCCGCGCAUACGGCUUCUGGGAUGAGGCAUGGACUGCCCGACUCCAGGCCCUGUGUGGUGAUCUCGGAACUCCCCAGUUCGGUCUUUCCCAGGCUGUGUGGGAUGAUCUCACCAACCGCGUCGAUGCCGUGGUCCACAACGGAGCUCUUGUUCACUGGGUCUACCCCUACGCCACCCUCAGACCCGCCAAUGUCAUGGGUACCAUCGAUGCCCUGAAGUUGUGCGGCAGUGGAAAGGCCAAGCAGCUCGCAUUUGUCAGUUCCACCAGUGCCCUAGACAAGGACUACUUCGUCCAGGAAUCCGAACGUAUUAUCGCUGCUGGUGGCAAUGGUAUCAGUGAAGACGACGACAUGGAGGGCAGCAGUGUCGGCCUUGGAACAGGUUACGGUCAGAGCAAGUGGGCUGGCGAACACCUCGUCCGUGAGGCUGGCCGCAGAGGCCUAAGGGGUACAAUCAUCCGUUCCGGAUACGUUCUGGGUGAUUCGGUGACUGGUACUACCAACACUGAUGAUUUCCUCAUUCGAAUGAUCAAAGGUUGUAUCCAGCUGAAUGCCCGUCCCAACAUCCACAACACGGUCAACAUGGUCCCAGUUGAUCACGUGGCUCGUAUUGUAAUCGCCUGUGCCUUCAACCCGCCUCGUGAGUCUGUCGCUGUUGCCCAUGUUACUGGACACCCGCGUCUGCGUUUCAACCAAUUCCUUGGUGCGCUCGAGCUCUACGGAUACAAUGUUCCCCAGGUCGACUACGUGCCUUGGUCCACCUCCCUCGAGCAGUAUGUCAACGACGGCCAACACAAUGACAAGGACUCCCAGCAUGCCCUUAUGCCUCUCUACCACUUCGUUACUGCUGACCUCCCUUCCAAUACCAAGGCCCCCGAGCUGGAUGACACCAAUGCGGCCGCUGCCCUACUUGCGGAUGCCGCCUGGUCUGGCAUUGAUGCAUCGGCCGGCGCUGGUGUAACCGAGGAAUUGGUUGGCCUGUAUGCAUCAUACUUGGUGCAAAUUGGCUUCCUUCCUGCGCCCACUAUUGCUGGAGCUCGUCCUCUGCCUACUGCCCAGCUCAGCGAGGAACAGCGCAAGACCUUGCUGAGCAUUGGUGGCCGUGGCAGUGCUGCUUGA